AUGAAAUUUGAAGUACCUGUUAAUCGUAAAAAAUGUUUCCUUUUUCGCGCUAAAGAUUAUUGUUCUUUGAUGAAGCCAUGCUUUUUCAUUUGUUGCAUACUCGGUGUUUUUCCGUAUAAGGUCACUUCAUCAACAUUGAAAUUUUCCAAAUUAGGUUACGUAUAUUCAACGUUUGUAACAAGCAUCUACGUUAUUCACGUAUUUAUAUAUUUAUAUCAAACCGAUGUAUCCGGUACAUUACAAUACGACAAUGUACCGGGAACUUUACAGGCAAAUUUUUAUUACAUCCUUGGUACCGCGGUAGCCAUAAUCGCAUAUUGUAAUACGCAUAGUAGAUUGUUAUUCCUUGAAAAAUUAUAUAUAGUUGCUUCAAAGUUACCUUCCAAAACUUUCAACGAACUCUCCAAAUUCAUUCACGCGAAAGAUAUCUUCGGUUUUCUUUUUUUAAUUGGACAAAUGCCAAACGUUAUGAGUAAUUCGUUGAAUCAAACAUUCGGUAAAUUAUCCGGGAUGUAUGCAACAUUAAUAGUUUUUAUAAUGGAUAUGCUUUAUAUGAAUUGUACUUGCGUAAUCAAGGAUUGUUUUAUAAGGAUUAACGAAAAUUUAAAAAAUCUUCAAUUAAUUCUGGUAACUGGUGAGCCUCAUCUAUUGAGAAGGGUCUAUCACGAAAAAAAUAAUCCUUUACUUUUAAUGGAAUUGAAGGCUAUUAAAAAAAGACACCAACAAGUCAGCGAUAUUCUUCAACAAAUGAACACGAUAUUUGGUUCUCAAAUUAUUAUAACGUCAUUAAUGACUUUUGCAGAGGUAACCUUUAGUUUAUAUUUUUACAUUUUACGAACGGUCGAUAAAAAAGAAGUCAGCUUGGAAAAGCAAAUUUGGUAUGCGUACUUCAUAACAUCGGUAGCAUAUUAUUCCAUCAAGUUAAGUUUAAUAGCGUGGGCAUGUGAGACCGCUAAAAAUCAAGCUGCCGAGGUUGGAUCUAGAAUACAUGAGGUUGUUAUCAAUACCACAGACAAGGAUAUUAAAAACGAGCUGCAAUUAUUUUCCUUGCAAGUAUUGCAUCGAGAUAAUACGUUUACCUCGAAAGGACUAACUAUGGAUGCAAAUCUUUUAACAACGAUCGUGGGCAGCAUUACAACGUAUUUAUUGAUACUAAUACAAUUCUUGAUUUCCUUAAACCCAUGCAAAUCACACAAUAAUACCAAUGAAGCGUUUUAA